AUACAGAAGAGCAGCAUGAGGUGGGAGAACCAGAGCAGAGAGUCCGAAUUCCUCCUCCUGGGGUUUCCCAUUAGUCCUGAGAAGCAGGCCAUGUUCUUCACCCUGUUGCUGGGCAUGUAUCUCACCACACUGCUGGGGAACCUGCUCAUCAUCCUGCUCAUCAGGCUAGACUCUCGCCUCCACACCCCCAUGUACUUCUUCCUCAGCCACUUGGCCCUCACUGAUGUCUCCUUUUCAUCUGUCACCGUCCCAAAGAUGCUGAUGAAUAUGCAGACUCAGCACCUAUCCAUCUCCUAUACAGACUGUAUUUCACAGAUGUGUUUUUAUAUACUUUUUGGUUGUAUUGAUAACCUCCUUCUUGGAGUGAUGGCAUAUGACAGGUAUGUGGCCAUCUGUCAUCCUCUACAUUAUACCACCAUCAUGAGGAAGGAGCUGUGUGUCCUGCUGGUGGCUGCCUCCUGGAUACUCUCCUGUGGCAGUGCCCUCUUGCACACUCUCCUCCUGGCCCAACUGUCCUUCUGUGCUGACAACACCAUCCCCCACUUUUUCUGUAGUCUCCCCAUCUUACUGAAGCUUUCCUGCUCAAACACUUCUCUCAAUGAGCUGCUCUUAUUCACUGCAGGGGCUGUGGUUGUCAUCCUUCCAUUAAGUGGCAUCCUGCUCUCUUACGGAUGCAUUGGGGCCUCCAUCUUGAAGGUGCCUUCUACCAAAGGUAUCUACAAAGCUUUGUCCACCUGUGGCUCCCACCUCUCAGUAGUGUCCCUAUUUUAUGGAACAAUUGUGGCACUGUACUUUUUCCCAUCAUCGAGCAACUCCAAUGAGAAAGACAUGAUUGCCUCACUAAUGUAUACAGUAGUGACCCCCAUGUUGAACCCCUUCAUCUAUAGCCUAAGGAACAGAGACAUGAAAUCAGCUCUGGGGAUACUUUUCAGAAGUGAUAUCCCUUUCUCUAAAUGAAAAUCACCUGAUGAUGUUUUUGCUUCAUCCACUGACCCUGUCAGAGAUGCCUUUUAAAAAAAAAUUGUGUGUUGACUCCCCUUGUCUCUAGUACCCUCCCAACUG